AUGGAAUCCUCCCCCUUAACCCAACAAACCCGUCCCGAAGCAUUUCAGCCCAAGAUAGUCCAGCUAUACAACAACCUGCUCUUCAAUCCCGAUUAUGCGGAACCCACUGAGGGCUUCUGGCGCGAGUUCUUCCUUCUGCCGCCAGAGAGGACCUCAUUGGUGGAGAUGCUAUCUCGGAUAGGUUCUGAUGAUAUGCUACAUAUUCAGGCCCAAACCCAGGCAUUGUUUGCCCGUGCCAUUCAAGAAUCGACCUCUGGACGAUCUCCAGUAAAUGCUCACGCCCUAGAGACGCUCUCCACUUUUCUUGGAGGAGUUCUAACUAAAAAAUAUACCAAUCCUAGCGCAGACAUCAUAACAAUUCUUGCUGGCCUCCACGAAGUGGAUCAGAUAUUUUCGGACUUUGUUUCUGCAAUAGAUAGUAUAAUACGAAGCUCAGUCGACAUUAAUUUACGCCUGAAAGCCGUGGACGCCGCGAUUGCUAUGACCAGCGGUACUUACAAAACUAGCCUUCUUUCUUAUUUCAUGCACCGGGAUCUUUUUCCUUCCUUGAUGAAGCUCGUUCAUGAUUCUGUUACCCCUGCUCAAAAUUUCCACCCGUUUUUAUUGCUAGGCCUUCUUGCAAAUUACAAUAAAUUCGAAUUCCAAAACCCAUACCAGUUACGCCUGGACGAUUUUGUGAACGAAGCAACAAUCUCAAAAAUUGUCUUGAGUGUUGGCUCUACCUGCAGCAUUUUACGGAACUCAUACGUUGCGGUACAGGACGAUCUUCCCGAAGGGUGGACCUGGAGUGGUACAUUAGCAUUUUUUGGCCUGAGUGCACUCGCUGGCAGGUCCAAAUCACAACCCCUAAGCGCUGAAGAGAGCAAAGAUCGGCUGGCCGAGCUCCCUUCAUCUGAAGCAGCAAUACUUCUUGCUAUAUACGAUUUUAUUAAUGCAAAUAAGUUAUUUGCUCACUGCCUUGUGUCAUCAGUUUCUGAAAAGCGCUCAGAGGAGUCUCCCUUGUCAGGUUUCUUAUCAUUAACAUCAUAUAUGCUCCAGCACGCAUAUCGAUCUACGCGAGUGGCUCUUUAUGCUGAAAUCAAUUUAUUUUCCCUUCGCAUCUUAUUGGAAGAUCCCGUGCUAUGUAAACAUAUCUGCAGCGAGGAUGGCAAAAGACCUGUGAGGUUAUGUCGGCAGCGCACACCUCAUCUUCCAGCAGUCAAUGGAGACAGGAUUGUGGCCACUGUUAUUCUGGAUAUAAUGGUUGACACCAUUAAUCACAAUCUUCGCAAAAGUCUUGACAUUUAUCUUUACAGCCAUGUUAUGUCCGUAAUUCUUCGCCUUCUCACAUAUUUAUCAUCUAAUAAAACCCGCUUACAAUACCACUGGUCUGAGUUAUGGCGAAGCCUCCUUACGAUAACCCGUUUCCUAACUACUUACUCCACCGAUCUCUCCUCUGACCCAAACAUCCAUCUCUUGACGACCGAUUUAGUCAAUCUUCUCGCAUUCUGUAUCUCCGCUGGUGAUACAUUUCUGCCAGAUCCAACCUCCUACGAUGAUUUGUUCUACAAAGUAGUAGAGGCAGGGCCUGUACUGACCCGUUUUCGUGACGCAUACAAACGCUCAUUAUCACCCCCAUCGAAAUCCGCUAAUGGCAAACCCAAUACCAAUACCAGUCACUAUGACGCUUCAAAAUCGUUAGCCACUCUCCUCAAUGUUUCGACCCACUUUCAUUCCCUCCUCUUUCUCCCGGAAAAGGCCAAAGAAGAUUCCUCGGCCACCGAUCCGAACACUCCAACAGCCCCUUCAAGCAAUAGGGCAAAGAAAAAGAAUCUUAGCCCCCGUGAGGUUCAUAGCAUUAUCAAGGAAGGAUACACAACUCUCAGCAUCGAAUCUCGGGAAAGUUUAAGUAACUGGGAGAAAUGGCGGGAAGCAGAUUGGAAAACACAGUUGAAAAGGAUUACAAGAGCGGCGGUCGACGAUUCAAGGGUUCUUGUGGUGACUCGGGGGGGGAAUAUACAAAAUCAGGUACCAGUAAGUAAUGGGAAAGACGCCAGUGUUGCGGGAAAUUAA